AUGGCGACCAACCCAUCUCACUCCGCCAACGCUUCUCACGCCGUUGACCCUCAGCACGAGUCAAAGGUUCCCUAUGGCGUCCAGAACGCAGCUCCCAAGGGACUCGAAGAGGCUCUCCCCGACAGUGUCCACAACACCGAUCCUACCAAGGACAACAAGAACAUCUCUCAUGCCACUGGACCCUCGAAAGUUCCCGGAGCUAUCCAGAAGGCUGCUCCAGAGGGACUCGAGCGAGCCCUCCCUGAGUCUAUCCACCCUACCAAUAAAUUCAAAGCCAUAUGA